UUAAAGAAAGGCCAUUCCUGAAACUGCAAAGGGUCUACCUAAAAUUUCCCACAGUUUCCUUAAGAUUUCAAAACUUCAACUUCUUACAGAUCUUGCUCCGUUUAUCUGGGUUUCCUAGUCUCGAAUUGUCAAGUCUUCAGUUAGCUGAACCUGGGGGACUCUUUAGAUUUGAGUUUGUUUCGAAUGAUCUAGUUUCUGGUUGGAAGCGGAUAACACUUCUAAUUAUUACAUUUUCGAUUGAAGUCGUUCGUCAGUUUUGCAGAUAGACUCUGCUGUAAAUUUGGCUUUCUAUGCUCCGAAUUCAGGGGUAGAGGUUUUGGCGUGGCUAUUAAUAUGAGCAAUCAAUCACGCAGGAAACCCAAUGAUGCCCUGACCAUGAAGCUUAUCGUGGCUACAUUCGUAGGUGUAGUCUUUGGCUUCACCAUUGGAGUGUCAUUUCCAAUGCUGUCAUUAAGUAAACUAAAUUUCCCAUCCAGCCUUCUUCCAACUUUCGGUCUCCCAUAUAUUGAAGGAAGAAACUCAGGCCGCUCCAGGGAGCCGAUUCUAAACGUUCAGCCUUCUGUCAAGAAUAAUAAUAGAAACUCAAGCCGAACACAUAUUUUGAAUGGGACGUCAGAGAUUUGGGUCCCGUCAAAUCCUAGAGGUGCAGAAAGUCUACCUCCAAAAAUUGUUUCUUCUGAAUCAGAUUUGUAUGCACGUAGACUGUGGGGUAAUCCUAGUGAGGACCUAACCACCAAGCCGCAGUAUCUUGUAGCUUUUACGGUUGGUUACAACCAAAGAUACAAUAUUGAUAGAGCAGUCAGAAAGUUUUCAGAGAAUUUCGUAAUCCUUCUCUUUCAUUAUGAUGGACGAACAUCAGAAUGGGAUGAAUUCGAAUGGUCGAAGCGGGCUAUUCAUGUUAGUGCUCGUAAGCAGGCAAAGUGGUGGUAUGCCAAACGAUUUUUGCAUCCUGACAUUGUUGCACCAUAUGACUACAUUUUUAUUUGGGAUGAAGACCUUGGAUUGGAUCAUUUUGAUGCAGAUGAAUAUGUAAAGUUAGUCAGGAAGUAUGGAUUAGAGAUUUCACAACCUGGUUUGCAACCAAGUAAAGGUUUAACGUGGCGAAUGACGAGGAGAAGAGAUUGGGGUGAAAUUCACAAAGAGACAGACGAAAGACCAGGAUGGUGCACUGAUCCUCAUUUACCUCCCUGUGCUGCUUUUGUCGAGAUCAUGGCUCCAGUUUUUUCCCGAGAUGCAUGGCGUUGUGUUUGGCAUAUGUUACAGAAUGAUCUGGUCCAUGGUUGGGGUCUUGACUUCCUCCUUAGAAGAUGUGUGGAUCCCGCACACGAAAAGAUUGGAGUUAUAGAUUCCCAGUGGAUUGUUCACCAGGGUGUGCCUUCACUUGGAAGCCAGGGAGAAUCACAAAAUGGAAGGGCACCAUGGGUAGGGGUGAGUGAACGGUGUAGAAGAGAAUGGACAAUGCUUCAGAGUCGUUGGGCAAUCGCAGAGAAUGAGUACUUAAAAGAUAUCAAGGACGGGGUUGUCCCCUUGCAUGCAGAAAUGCAUUAGAAAACGAAGUCAGUAGCCGUUAGAUUUGUACGAUAGUAGACACAUAUUAGGCCAAGAUUCAACUUGGGAAGGUGAUGAGAGAGCCAGGCUCAGAAGUCAUAAUGAUCCAUUUUUUAUUUUUAGAAUUCAGUUAACCUUCCUUCAUUCUGUAACAUUGUGAUCUCUGAAUUACAAAUUUCAAAGGCUUGUGAUAGUUGGAACUACGUUGUAAAGUGAUGGUUUGAUGGAGCUGAAUUAUAGUCUCUGAUUGUUAGACAAGGCAACAGCAGAAAAGUUGUAUUGUAUCUAGACUGACAUGGUGUUUAUGCAGCCUCUUACAAUUCUGAUUUAAA